AUCACCAAGCUCACAUCCAAAGCCUUUACUAUUUAUUAGUCAAUAAUUUUGGUAAAGUUACCGGGCUGUCAUAAAACAAUGGGAGUCUUCACCUACGAAACCGAAGUGGCGUCGGUCAUUCCUCCAGAGAAGUUCUUCAAGGCAUUUAUCCUUGGUGCCGACCAAUUAUAUCCCAAGAUUGUGCCAAAUCAGCCACAAUCCGUUCUCGAAGGAGAUGGUGGGCCCGGAACUAUCAAGACCAUUUCCUUCAGCGUCGGCGAUCAAGUGAAAACCAUAAAGCACAGGUUGGAUGUAAUAGAUGAAGCGUCGCGAACGUACAAGUACACGGUGUUAGAAGGAGAGCUUUUAUCGGACACCAUUGACAAAAUUUCCAAGGAAAUAAAGGUGGUUGAAGGUCCUUCUGGAGGGUCCAUUUUGAAGAGCACAAGCGUUUACCACACCAAGGGAGACCACCAAAUCGACGAGGAGAAGCUGAAGUCUGGCGAGCAGAAGGGAUUGGCCCUUCUCAAGGCCGCCGAGGCCUACCUCUUGGCCCACCCCGACGAAUACAACUAAUUUGAAGAAGCUUCGUUAUAAUGAGAUAAUUAUGUGUGCUUUGCUUUCUUCUUCUAAUAAGUGUUUGAAUUGUUGUUGGUGGAUGUGGGGUUCUUGUAUUUUCAAACCUUAAAAAUGCCAUUAUUGGGUUUCAAUAAAUAAAUUUAAUUAUGUCUUA